AUGCGCGGUUCCUAUUCCAUCGCACGUGAAGCAUUUGCUAUUCAGGAUGGCCGUGUGGCGCCACUGAUAGAGCAGCGGGCGCGUCUACUACGACAAGAUCGUAUUCGUCGGAAUCUCAGUCGAAAACUAGAGGCGCGGCCCGGUCCAUUGGAGUUGGUGACAAGAAAGAUUCUACAAGCUGACGCUGAUCUCGAGCAAGCUAUCGAAGAAGGCCGUGUUCUAUUUCAACCAACAAGCGAAUACGUUGAAGAAGAAGAGAGCGAAAUGCCAAGUCCAUUGUCGACAGACAUGGAAAUCGUUUCUCAAGCAGCGAUUCGUACACAGAAUAAGCCCGUUAAUGUCCUCUCAAACAAAGGGAUUAUCCGGAAGAAGUCAACGCCUUACAAACAAUGUGAUCCGUUACCUUUACGAGCGAAAACUAAAGCUCCAGACAGCAAAGAGGACGACGAAGUGACAGUGAUAGGAGAAGUCCGGUCUCCUGCAGAGCAAACCCCCAGAAAUUCCGAGCAGAACAACUAUGAGUUGUUAUUACAACAGCAGAAAUUAUUCCUGCAGUGGCAGCAUAAUGAUGAAAAUCCAUCUCAUACACAAGAUACUCAAAUGCAAAUGUAUGACAUGCAAACAGCAAGUCCUGCUACGACCUCUCCUAACAAUCAGGUCUGUUCGGCUUGUUAA